AUGUACGCGAGGUUCCAGUGUCCUGCAGUCCUCACACUGGAUGCCUUCAACAGUGUAGUAUGCGUUAGAGGCGACCACAACCACCCUGAUCCAGUCAUAUUUGACACUCCAAGAGAAGCACUCAUCAUACCUUCCAGAAAUAAAAGAGGUCAAGGCAUGUUGGUGUUUCGCAAUUACACAUAUUCGUGGCGCAAUCACAAGAAGAAUGGCAGUUAUUGGACCUGCUCCAGUCAUCACAAGAAAGGACCCGUCAUUAUUAAAGGUAAAAAGAAAGGACAAUACUUUCUUUUAUACAACUCUUACACGUACACUCGAAGUGCUACUUCGAAGAAAGGCAAAGUAUGGAAAUGCACUUCAUUCAAGGCCGAGGAUUGCAAAGUUAGAAUGACCACAGACGAUAACUUGAACGUUGUCGUAACUAAAGGAGAUCAUAAUCACGAUCCUCCAGAGCGCGAAAGUAAACCUAAACAUUUCUUCAUCAAGUCUAAUCAACUUGCAGUGUCAGUUGUGACAGCAAUCGAUGGGGCCACUCUACUGAUGCUUAACGGCUACUCCUUCACGAACCCUUCACCCAUGACAGGAGGCGAACGUUGGUACUGCUCGGGACGGAUGAAAUGGAAAUGCAACGUCUGUCUCCACGUCAAUGAUGAUUAUGAACUUGUUUGUAUUUCGAACGAACACACUCACAAAGCACCCGUGUAUGAUCGCACUCCAGAUGGCUUAUACGUGCAAGCUGUACCAUAG